AUGUUCAAAGUGCUAACAAUUCUCUUCCUGUUUCUAGUAUCACAGCCAACAAGAGGUGCUUACAAUGUGACAUUGUUGAAAUCUAUUCUAAGCGGCAUCUCUACUCGGGAGCAGUGGAUAAAUACCCCAAUCUUCGUGGGACACAAUACGAAAAGGGAGGAUCUAAAUGACCUGAUUAUUUGGCUUCACCAAACAAUGGGAGUUACUAGCCUAACGAUGAACGCAUUUCUCCAACCCGAAAGGCUCAAGCCCCUUGGUCACUUUAGAAUGACUAGAAACAAUGCCAUCGGUUUGUUCUUUUGUCAUGGUAGACAAGAUGUUGUGUGGUUUACUCUGGAUAGAAGUCUACAAAAAUUGCGUCGCAUUCGUCUGAUCAUCAUGCUGCGUUCCCAAAGAAGUGGUUCCCACAAGGCUAUUCAAUCCAUAUUCAACACUCUCUGGCAGUUUCAAUUCCUCAACGUUCUCGUCCUGCACAAAGAUCACAUUUACUCCUACACUCCGUAUCCUGUGGUGCGUUUUUUCAAGUUGGAUAUUCAUUCGAAUCCGCUUUUUCCACCUGCAGCGAGGAAUUUCCAGGGAUAUGUGGUGUCCACUCCAGCGGAGAAUGAUAUUCCAAGAGUAUUUCAUGUCCAGGAACCUGGCACUGGGCGGAAGACGGUGCGGGGAUAUGCCUAUCGCGCGUUUGUGGAGUAUCUGAAUCAUCAUAACGCCUCGCUACACCUCACAAAUCCCGACCAGAGUCUUGACCCUACGACUAGUGUGAAUAUGAGCGGCAUUUUGCAGUUAAUAAUGGACGGACAACUGGAGAUCUCCAUGCACCCGUACGUAAGCACACCGCAGAGGACAGUCAAGAGUUACCCCUUGGGAAUAUACAGAAAUUGCCUGAUUGUGCCAGUGCGAAAUGAGAUCCCCAGACAUAUGUACCUCCUGCGACCAUUCCAUUUGUACAGCUGGUAUAUUCUGUCGUUCGCAGUUGUAUACAUCACGGGAAUUCUCUAUUUGAUGAGUCCAAAACCAGGUACUUCCUGGCCCCAGCGCUUGGGUUUGAACUUUCUGGAUGCCGUAAGCAAGAUCCUCUUCAUCAGCUCACCCGUAGUAACUUACAGACCAUCGUGGCGCUACUACAUGGUUUUCCUACAACUUUCUGUCUUGGGAUUCAUUACCACAAGUUGGUACAACAUUGAGUUGGACAGCUUUUUCACAACCAUGGUCGUGGGCGAGCAAGUGAAUAGCGUGGAACAGCUCAUCCAGCAGCAACAAAAGGUUCUGUCCAAGGAGUAUGAAAUUAGCACUAUUCUGCGCCAUGUUGAACCUCGUUUGGUGGACAAAGUGAGUCGGCUUUUGGUGGGGGUAAAUGCCAGUGAACAGGUGUCCGCCCUGCUCAGUUUCAAUCGCAGCUACGCCUACCCUUUCACCGAAGAACGCUGGCAGUUCUUUGCCAUGCAACAGCAGUAUGCCUUUAAGCCGAUAUUUCGCUUCUCAACCGCUUGCCUGGGAUCCCCACACAUCGGUUAUCCAAUGCGCAUAGACAGCCAUUUGGAGUCGACCCUCAACAUGUUCAUUAUGAGGAUUCAGGAUGCUGGUCUGCUGCAGCACUGGCUGGUCUCCGACUUCAAUGAUGCCAUGCGCGCUGGAUAUGUGAGAUUUCUGGACAAUGUCCUGGGCUAUCAACCUAUUGAUGUGAAUACUUUGCGACUGGGCUGGUGUGUUUUGGGAAUUGGUUGGUUGCUGUCUGCCCUGGUUUUCGCUGUCGAGCGCUGGCAUCUUUACCCCUGGCGUCUUUCUGCCUAACUUAGUAAAUAAAUACAAAUUCU